GUAAAGUGACUAGGCAACAGGAUAGAUAAUAGACAGUAGCAGCAGUAUACUGUAGGUAGGGGUAAAGUGACUAGACAACAGGAUAGAUAAUAGACAGUAGCAGCAGUAUACUGUAGGUAGGGGUAAAGUGACUAGACAACAGGAUAGAUAAUAGACAGUAGCAGCAGUAUACUGUAGGUAGGGGUAAAGUGACUAGGCAACAGGAUAGAUAAUAGACAGUAGCAGCAGUAUACUGUAGGUAGGGGUAAAGUGACUAGACAACAGGAUAGAUAAUAGACAGUAGCAGCAGUAUACUGUAGGUAGGGGUAAAGUGACUAGACAACAGGAUAGAUAAUAGACAGUAGCAGCAGUAUACUGUAGGUAGGGGUAAAGUAACUAGAUAACAGGAUAGAUAAUAGACGGUAGCAGCAGUAUACUGUAGGUAGGGGUAAAGGGACUAGACAACAGGAUAGAUAAUAGACAGUAGCAGCAGUAUACUGUAGGUAGGGGUAAAGUGACUAGACAACAGGAUAGAUAAUAGACAGUAGCAGCAGAAUACUGUAGGUAGGGGUAAAGUGACUAGACAACAGGAUAGAUAAUAGACAGUAGCAGCAGUAUACUGUAGGUAGGGGUAAAGUGACUAGGCAACAGGAUAGAUAAUAGACAGUAGCAGCAGUAUACUGUAGGUAGGGGUAAAGUGACUAGACAACAGGAUAGAUAAUAGACAGUAGCAGCAGUAUGGGAUGACUGAAAAGAGUUAGUGCAAAAAGGGUCAGUGCAGCUAGUCCGGGUAGCAAUUUAGUUAACUAUUAAACUAACUAUUUAGCAUUCUUAUGGCUUGGGGGUAGAAGCUGUUCAGGGUCCUGGUAUAGAGGUCCCGGAUGGCAGGGAGUUCGGCCCCAGUGAUGUACUGGGCCGUACACAAUACCCUCUGUAGCGCCUUGCUGUCGGAUUAUGUGUUCAUAGGGAAGGAAGUCCGUAUCUUUUAAAGAUUAUAUUUAUAUGUCCAUCAUAGUUAAUCAUGUUUAACAGCCACUUACAGUAAGUGAGAUUUGUAUCUGAUAAUGUUUUUAAAUUGUAUCUGAUUUGUUUGUCUUUGAACUCUUCUGAAAUGUUUAGAUCUUAGAGCUAUGUCAUAAUCAGAUUAGAAUCAGAAACUAAAUAGAAAUAACUCUGAUUCUGGGGAGAGUUUUGUAAAGAGUUCCGUUUCUGAAAGGCAUAAUUGCGUGGAAGUAUUUCCCUUUCAGACUUCCUCAAGCCUGCGGUGUGAAACGCUCUUCUCUUCCACCAUUAUUCACACGUUGUAUUUCCUUUCCUUUCUUAUCGCCGGGUAGAAAGAAAGUGUAGAUAAUGUGUAGGUCUGUCUUGAAGAACAUCAUCAGUGAUGAGUUCAGUGGAGGGCAAGCUGUCCCUUUACUGCCUCCAUCUCUCUAUCACCGCGGCUACCGCUGCCCCUGAGGCAGCCCCUGAGGCAGCCCCUGAGGCAGCCCCUUCCAGCUGA